UUUUUUUCUCCGCACCUCCUGUCGAUGGCAGUAAUGCGCCAAUAAGCUACUUUGCCGACCGCCAUUAACAACUGCAGAAGAAGAAGAAAGCGAAAGCCAACGUCACUCUUGCAUUAGCAUCCGGGUGCUAACAGUUAGCAGCUAACUAUUAGCCGCUUGGCGUCCUCCAGUUCAUUCGUAGCCCGAACAUGGCUGGAGGAGACUGGGGACGCUUUGCGCUGGAAGAAGCCGAGCUCCUUUCCGGGCGCCUGAAGGAUCUGCUGUCCUCCGGGCAAGCGUACGUCCGCAGCCACCUGGGCUUGGACCUGGGUCUGGAGCCCGAGCUGUACCCGACGUGGCUCACGCUGACGACGGCCGCCGCCUGCGCCGUCUUCUUGCUGGCUGCCUUGUGGGUCGCCGUCUGCGGCGGGAGGAAACGCAGCCCUCCGGCGGCCGCCCCCGGCCGCGUGCCCGUCGCCAAGGCCCUCGUAACCAAACCGGUUAAGCCGGAGGUGACGAAGAAAAGAAACGCAAAGAAAGCGGCGGAGAAGAAGACUCAGUCCAACGGGCAGCCCGCUGCCGCUGUGGUGGUGCCACAACAAGUCAAAGUCCCGAAGGUCUUCGCCAAGCUGCUCCUGCCCAUCACGACCCGGAAGGCGCCCGAAGUGCAACCGCCGGCGGGGAAAAAAGACAAGAAGAAAGGCGAUAAGAGCGUGAAAGCGACGCAGUAUGUGGUCACGCAGGAAGGGAAAGAACCCGACGAAGGCACGUGGGAGACCAAAGUCAGCAACCGUGAGAAGAGGCAGCAGCGCCGGAAGGACAAGUGCCCCGAGAUCCAGAGUGAUCCAGGAAAGGCGCACGUUGCCAAGGGCCAUGCGGAGUCCCCCAGCAACGUGAAGAAGAAAAACCGAGUCGCUAACGAACCGCAGCAGUCUGGAUCGGCCACGAAAGGGUCUUCCGGCCAGGUCGGAGACGGCGUCGCCAGGGGAGGUUGGAACGACUUCCCAUCCAAGAUCUCGGCGACCCAGGCGGCGUCCGCGGAGACGACCCAGCGGGGUUCCCGGUCCCGCGCCCGAGCCGAGAACCGGUCCUCCGCCCAGAAGGCGCAAGGGGGCGCGCAGACGCGGGUGGCCAACGUGAAGUCUGAUCUCAAUCCGGGCCCUGUUUCCACGAUGCGAAUGAACGCGGCGGCGGAGCCUCUUUCUAAGUCCGUGGAGGUGCAGUGGAUGACCCCGGCUGAUGACCAAUGGGGCGGUACAAACUGUGCGGAGCCCAGCUCCGACUGGAAUGCCCCCGCGGAGCCGUGGGGCAACUACGAAGACCCCCCGGAGGUGGCGAUGGGGCCAUCGACCGCGCGAAAGGGGCGGCCCCUCCCCAACAUGGUGACGGGGGGGGAGAAGGACGAAGAGGAUCCAGUAGAAGGAGGCAUGAACUCCAAGAAGAAGAGGAAAAGGAAAAAGAAAAGUCAGGACGACGCCAUGACCCGGCCUCAGGCGGGAAACUCGGCACCCAAACCCGAAGAUCUUCCCGCCGCUGCCUCCAAGAAGCCGAGCGUACCGUCGUCGUCUCUGAAGCGACCCGAGCAGAACGCAGCAGCGACGCUUGCGGUCGCGCCGGAGACGGCAAAAAGAGACAAGAAAAAGGGCCGGAGGGAAAACUGAAAGCCGCCCAAGGUGACUUUUUGUUUUUUUUUUUUUUUUUUUUUUUCAUGCAAAUGAUUGUGGAAUUCGUCAUUAUGCAAUAAUGAGCAGCUUAUCUUUACGGAAUACGGUUUUUAAUCUAAUUAUUAAUAAUGAGACGAGGAUAAUCACUCAACGCGGUGAUGUGAAAUGAUGAAAUGCGGCGAGGAGGGGGUCCUAUGGACUUGAGUCUAAUUUGCACUAUUUUUGCUCAACAGUGGACUUUUUAUGACUUUCAUUGAUAUUUCGGUUCCAUUUUAUUAUUAUUUUUUUUUGCACUUGUUCAUUUAUUCAAUGACUUCCUUGCUGUCCUUGUAAAAAAAAAAAAUGCUGUAAUGAAGGACGGUGUCUUAAGUGGUCAGUUGAAUUUCAUUUGAGAGAUUAUUAUGCUUCAAAUACAUUUUAUUCAAAUUAGAUUAAAACCCACUCGCGGAAACUGUAACGUGAAUAUUUUUUUUGUUUUUGUUUUGAAUUUCAGAGCCAUCAGGGACAAAACUAAAUGUUAACGUUCGUUUUAUUUUUCGUCCAAUACGAGUAUUGCAAGGAAUUGGAUGUAAUGCGAAAAAUUGCAAAAAUUCAAUUAAAAUGAUAAAAAAUUCAUGUCAAUCAGGACCCACUAUGGGGUGCUCUGAUAUAAAAUAUGACUUUAACGCAAUCCAAAAAUUGCAAAGUGACAGUAAAGAACUCGUUUGAGUGAAAAUAAAAAAAAUUAAUAUAUUUCGAGAGCUACCGUGGUUCACUGGAAUGUGAAAACUAAUUUUUAAAAAUUAUGUUGGAAUUUAAAAUGACAAAAUAUAGAUGAAAAUUAAUAGCCACUAGGGCACAUUGUAAUGUGAAAAAUGAAGUCAAAAGGAGCACUGUAAGGAGACGUUUUUUAAAAGUUUUUUUUAAUAUUUACUGUAAAAUAAUAAUAAGGAUGUGCUGAGUGAGAUUAUCUCAUGAUGCAGUGUCAAGUAUUGCCAUAAUGUCAACAUCUGCCAUCUUUAUCUUUCUUCCUGCUCUGAAGUUUUAUUAUAAUACAUCAAGAUUUUGCUAUGAAUCUUCAAAAGGAUUCCUAAGGACUUGUUUUUUUUUUUUUUCGGGGGGGGGGGGGGGUAAUGAUCUUUUGUGUUUGUAUGUGUGAAUGUAAAACGUGAUCAAUUUUAAUUCCAACACAAAAAAAAAUCAACAAACAACCGCAGGAAUUUUUUUAUUCUGUUGCCUUAAAUUGCCAUCAAUUGUACAUAAAAAGCGCUUUGGCGGCGACUUUUUUGUUGUUGUUUUUGUUUUCUUCCUCAGUGGUUUCCACCUAAAUGUAAGUUUUGAUGUCAACUGACUCUUGCAUGACUUUGAUAAAUAAUAGUUGAAAAUGGUUCAUCUAAAGGUGCAGCUUUGUCUGUUCAUCCAGUGCGCAUCAUAAAAAUUGCUCUUUGUAGCUGUAUGGAAAAAAAAAAGAGAGGAAAAAAUGGUACUACUAAGCUCAUUUGUUGGACCCAUGCAUUUUUUUUGCUUCUAUGGAGAAAAAAAAAAUAUUCAGGUGAUGCAAAUGUUUGUAUGUGGAAAAAUGUACAAAUAAAUUGCUUGAUUUUUUUUUUUU